CUUCCUUUGAAACAUUUAUCAAAUCGUCCAGCAACAUAUAUAUCUCUCCACGUAAAAUAGGAAAAAGAAUGUCUUCUAGGGCUUCUGAAUCACUUGCCGUAGGGAGAGUGAUAGGGGAGGUAGUUGACAGUUUCACAGCGUGUGUGCAAAUGAAUGUGAUAUACAAUGGCAGCAAGCAAGUUUCCAAUGGACAUGAACUCAUGCCUGCUCUCGUUGCUUCUAAACCUCGUGUCGAGAUUGGUGGUGAAGACUUGAGGUCUGCUUAUACUCUUAUCAUGACCGACCCGGAUGCUCCAAGUCCCAGUGAUCCAUACUUGAGGGAACACCUCCACUGGAUUGUGACAGAUAUUCCUGGUACCACAGACGUCUCUUUUGGAAGGGAGAUAGUGAGCUAUGAGAGUCCAAAGCCAGUAAUCGGGAUUCAUCGCUAUGCAUUCAUUUUAUACAAACAAAGAGGAAGGCAAACAGUGAAACUACCAGCAACAAGGGACCAAUUCAAUACAAGGAGUUUUGCAGCAGAAAAUGGGUUGGGAUCCCCUGUUGCUGCUGUCUACUUCAAUGCCCAAAGAGAAACUGCUGCCAGAAGAAGAUGAUAUAUUAUAUUAACGCUACGCUAACUUUUUCUUAAACAUGUUCAUCUAAAUAAGCUCUGCACUAUAAACCAUAGUACGGACAGCAUACGGAUUACUAUUAGUACAACGUCGUACUUUUCCCUCUCUGAUUGGUUUAAGUGAUUUAAGGGUCAUUGUCAAGCAUAUUAUAAGCUCAUCUCCAAUUAUAUAUGUAUGGUGUUACUAUGUAUAAGUUGUUUCUUGGAUUCA